ACAGGUGUCUCGCGUUUGAAUCGAGCGCUUCGCAGAGUCCCGUUAAUUUAUUUUAACUGAAUCGAACUUUCUAAAGAGAUACCUGUCGUGGUCUCACAUGGCCUACUCCAUUCAGUAUUCCCCCGUUCGCCAUCCGACUACAACCGAUUAAAAAUCGCGCAAAAUGAAGGAAAAAGGUUGAUUUUCGCGAAUGUGUGAAAAUCCGUGUGAACCCCAGUGUCAGUGCGGGAAAAUGUGAGUGGUUUGGGAGAUUUCAACGCACGAUCAAGCGAAAAAUGUAGACUACAUACCAAGUGAAGUGACUUAAAAUUGAUAAACAAUGUUUUGGAAUCGUUGCUUUGUUCUAAUUUCUUUCACCUGGAUCGUCGGAGUAGAAUGCCAACUCAGCGACAACACUCCUCCCACCAUGUGGUUAGACCGGAACUGGCAAAUUCCCGAAUCGGAACCUGUGGGAAGCAAAAUAAUCCAGGCGCACGGUAGAGACAAUGAGGGAGGGCGCGUUAUUUACGGCCUAGAGCCCCUCCAGUCUUUAGGGAACGAAAAACCAACCGAGAAACUACCUUUCCGGAUAGAUCCUUACACGGGAAUCGUCUACUUGAACGAAUCCUUGCAAGGACGAGGAGGUCAGAACGUGCGGCUGUAUGUCACAGCGUCUGAUGGCGAACUAGCGGCCAAGUUUGAGGUUUUUGUCAACAUUUUGAAGGAUUCGGACCCGAAUUCGAGCCUUAAUUUCCCGGGAAGUAAACAAAAUGGGUUGGUACCGCCGCCUUUUCUCACUAUUCCGAAUUUUAACCAACGUCCGAAAAGCCCCACAACGGCUACGUCAAGACAACCGCACUUUCAACCAAAACCAAACGUUACGACCCUUCUAAGACCGAUUAAAAUCGAACCAGUUAAAAAUGAAAUUGAUGAAAAAGAGGAAGCAACGACGAGGAAAAUCACUAAGACGACACCGACAGUUCAACCCCUUAAUAAAACUAUAGACCAAGCGGUUAAAACACCACCUGAUUUGGCCGUUACUGUUGUACCAAUUAUCUCAGUUUGUGCUGUGUUUCUCAUGGUUGGCAUCAUUGCCAUAGUUUUUAGGAAGAAAAUACAUUUAGGGAAACCCAAAAGUUCCAAAGACGAUAUUAGGAAACCAUCUUCAGGUGCAAUUGUUCUACCAGAAGACACAACUAUUGGUAUGCAACAAUGGAGAGGACCCACAGCUUUCAACAAUCGCUACGAACUGUGGGAACGUGAAGUAAACCGUUCACAGGCCAGUCAUCAAAUUUCCGCCCCAAUCAAGGACUCCGACCACUGGGAGUUCCCCCGACACCGUUUGAAAUUUUUCAAUAUAUUGGGCGAGGGAGCAUUCGGCCAAGUGUGGAAAUGCGAAGCUUCCGAUAUUGACGGUAAGGAGGGCGUUUCCGUGGUAGCGGUGAAAACCCUGAAAGAGAACGCGAACGAGAAGGAGAAAUCAGAUUUGCUUUCGGAGCUUCGCGUGAUGAAAAUGCUGGAAACUCAUCCAAAUGUCGUGCGACUUUUGGGCUGUUGUACGGACAAAGAGCCGAUAUUUUUGAUUAUGGAAUAUAUCAGUAAAGGCAAACUGCAAAGUUAUUUACGAAAUUCACGAGCAGAGAGGUAUUACAACAACAUGCACGGCCAAAGCAAAUCGCUAACGUCGAGGGAUCUCACAUCUUUUGUGUAUCAGGUCGCCAAGGGAAUGGAAUUUCUGUCCGCUAAUGGGAUAAUCCAUCGGGACCUUGCCGCCCGCAACAUCCUCAUUACGGAGGAGCAUACGUGCAAAGUGGCCGACUUUGGCUUUGCUAGAGACGUUAUAGUCUCACACGUUUACGAAAGAAAGAGCGAAGGAAGACUCCCGAUCCGGUGGAUGGCCCCUGAGUCACUUUACGAUAACAUUUUUUCGGUCAAGUCGGACGUGUGGAGCUUCGGGGUGCUAAUUUGGGAGGUGGUAACACUGGGCAGCACCCCCUACCCGGGGCUAUCCGCCGCCGAAGUCAUGAAAAAGGUCCGAGAUGGCUACAGAUUGGACAAGCCGGAGCACUGCCGUCGUGAACUUUACAACAUAAUGUAUUAUUGUUGGGACAAAGACCCGAAACAGCGGCCGUCGUUUGGAGAAUGCGUCCAGCUGCUCGAGAAGCUUCUAAUGACAGAAACCGAUUAUAUCGAAUUAGAACGCUUCCCUGAUCAUUCCUAUUACAACAUGAUGAGUUUGAGUGGCGAAAAACUCUAACGUUUGCACAAAGUUUUGUUGUUAUAAGUUAAGCUCACUCCCAGUGGUUGUUACAAAGAAAUAACCAAAGUUAUGACAAACAGUUUUUCACGCGGUUUAAAUUAUUUAUGGUAGCUUUAGUGACAAGACUGUAAGUUAGUUAAGUUCGAGUUAGUUUAAUUGUAAUUGUGUGCUCCAACUUUAUUAUUGUAUUAAUCCUGAGAAGGGCACUUUCAGCCCAAUUAAAGUGAUGCGAACAAAGAAGGGCGGUAAGUACCUGCAAGUCCGGUGUCGUUAACUUAACUCACUAAAUUAUAAUUUUUAUUUUAUUACAUUGUGCAAUAAAAACGAAAACAUUUAAA